AUGAACGAAUUUAUCGACGACGUAGAAAUUGCACGUCUAGUUGCUAAUUGGGACGUAAGUGACGACGAUUUAGAUUUUUCUGACGAAGAUGAUAUGUUUUAUGAAUCAAGUUCGCAACCGAAAAAUGAUUUGUUGGUAAAUGAAUACUUGGAUAUUGAUAAUUUACCCAUUUUAUAUGAAAAUGAAGGGGAGUAUGUAAUUAUUCCACAAGGCGCUUCUGUUGCAAAUGCUUUACCUGAUGAAACCCAGUCAAAUUUACCAUCGUCUAUACCUGAUUUGCCUUUAGAUACACUCACUGAAUUAGCUGAAAAAAAUAAAUCAUUUACAAUACCCACUGUUCAAAAAUCCAUAUCCAAUCGUAUUAUAAAACCAAAUUUCUUACGUUCUUCUGUUGGCUUAUAUAAUAAUAAUACUAAAAGUGCUUUUCCCAAAAUUUUAAAAAAAACACAAGAAUUUUUGAACUUAAAAUGGAAAGAAGGGAAUUUAGUAACUUGUCCAUCACUUCUCAGUCACAAUGAAAAAAAAUUAAAUAAUAAUAUCACCGAAAUGACUACACCAUAUCAUUCAUAUUCCGUGUCAACAAAUGAGCUCAAAAGAUAUUUGGGUAUUUGCAUUUACAAUUCUUUAUGUAUAAUUCCAAAUAUCAGAGACUACUGGAGUGACCAUUUGGGAAUACCUCAUGUAUAUAACUCACUUAGUCAAAAGAGAUUUGAAGAAAUAAGACGAUAUUUUCAUUUUAAUGAUAAUACCUUAAUGUUAUCUAGAAAUGACCCAAAUUAUGAUAGGUUACAUAAAAUACGACCUAUAAUUGAUCAUUUAAAUAAUAAAUUCAAUUCUAUAUCGCACAUUAGAGAUUUAUCGAUUGACGAACAACUUUGCGCUACCAAAGGUAAAAGUUACUUGAAACAGUACAUGCCUGCAAAACCCCACAAAUGGGGUUAUAAAUUGUUCGUUCUCUGUGAUGUCAAUGGGUUUUCUUAUCAGUUUGAAGUUUAUAGUGGACAAGAAAACGAGCAACGUUUCCGUUUGGUAAACGAGCCUGAUCUCGGUGCUUGUGGAAAUAUUGUUUUGAGGUUGACUCGGAAUGUUGACAAAAAUAAAAACCAUCGUUUGUAUUUCGAUAAUUACUAUACAAGUAUACCAUUGAUGUCGUAUUUAUAUGGAAAUGGAAUUAUGUCACUGGGGACUGUUAGGAAGGAUCGUUUGCCUAAUAAUACAUUACCAAAUGAAAAAGUAUCUAAACUUUUAAGUCGUGGUAAAUCAUUUGAAUAUAUAUCUACAUACCAAGAUGCUCCUAUAUCAGUAACAUGGUGGAAGGACAAUAAACCUGUAAAUAUGUUAUCAACUUAUUGUGGUUCACUACCAAUGUUAAAAACCCAAAGAUUUGAUAAAAAAGCUAAAAAAAAAAUUGAAGUUGAUUGCCCUAAUGUCAUAAAAGAAUAUAAUAGAUUUAUGGGAGGCGUUGAUUUAUUAGACAGCCUUAUAGGUCGUUAUAAAAUACGAAUGAGAACGCGUAAGUGGUUCAUGCGUUUGUUUUAUCAUAUGGUGGAUAUGUCAAUUGUUAACUCUUGGUUACUUUACAAGAGAACAAAACUACAGCUUGGAGAACCAGUAAAAUAUACAUUGGUUGAAUGGCGUAAGGACCUAGCUUUUACUCUCACUCGUCAAGGAUUCCAAAAGUCAACCAGAGGUCGCAGAUCUACAUCUUUUGAGCAAAGUUUAAAAAAAAUAAAUAGAACAAGACCAACAGUACGUCCUACUAAAGAUGUAAGAUUAGACAAAUGUGAUCAUUUUCCAAAAACCUAUGGGAAAAGGGGACGUUGUCCGUUAAUGCGUGAUGUUGCACUGGUGCAACAAUCUGAAAAUCGUUUGAUUUUCCCAAAAAUAAUGACUUAA